UUCAUGGGGAAGGUCAACUGACACCAUUACAUGAAAAUAAUGAUCCAUGCAAAUUUUGCCACGCGUGAUGUCACAUCCAGUCAUACGCGCGUGCUGCAUCUCUAUCCGAAACUUCAGCGGCAGCAAUCUUCUAUCGCUUCCCAGUUCAACUGGGGAAGCCAACGAUCUUUUCAGCAGAGUGCGCGUGCCUUCCAUGCGCGGGCAUCUCCGAGAUGCUCUAUCGUUGUUCUACACAGCGCCAAUCCAGUUUCAGUCUCGAGCAGUCUAUGCCAGUCUCCUCCAUGAAUGCGCUCGCCAUGGAGACCUCGAGCAAGGUCGACGCUUACAUCAACACAUGGUGCUUUCCCGAAAGCCUUAUGGAUGGCUUGACGUCUUUGUCAGCAACCAUCUCAUCAAUAUGUACGCUAAAUGCGGCGACUUGCAUUGUGCACACCAGGUUUUCGACGAAAUGCCUAGCAGAAAUGUCGUCUCUUGGACUGCUUUAAUAUCGGGUUACGCUCAGAGAGGCUUCGGAGACGAGUGCUUCCGUCUCUUUUCGUGCAUGUUGAUGCAAUAUCGGCCUAACGAGUUUGCUUUCGCGAGCGUGUUGAGUUCAUGUCGAUACGUGCAUGGCAAACAGGUUCAUGGGCUGGCAGUGAAAAUGGCGUUGGAUACCUCUAUUUACGUAGCGAAUGCUCUCGUUAGUUUGUAUGGUAAGAGUUUUGGAGCCGGUGGGGAUGAUGAUGGUGCUGUAGAUGACGCUUGGGCAGUGUUUGAGGCCAUGGAGUUCAGAAAUCUGAUCUCUUGGAAUUCGAUGGUUGAAGCAUUUCAGUUUUGCAAAUUUGGGACCCGAGCCAUCGAUCUUUUUACUGUAAUGCAUCGGGAAGGAACUGGGUUUGAUCGUGCCACACUGCUUAGUGUCUCUUCUGCUCUGUGCGGAAGCAAUGACAUUGGGGUUGAUUCAGGCCUGAAAUUCUGUUUUCAACUGCACAGUCUCAGUGUCAAAACAGGGUUUUCAAUGGAAGUCGGGGUGGCAACUGCAUUCAUAAAGGCUUACUCGUUUCUUGGAGGAGAUGCUGCUGACUGUUACAGGCUCUUCACAGAGACAAGCUGUUGUGCCGAUAUCAUUUCUUGGACAGGUAUUAUAACAGCAUUUGCAGAGCAGAACCCAGAAAUGGCUAUGUUCCUCUUUGGUCAGUCGCAAAGAGAGGGGCUGGCUCCAGACUGGUAUACCUUUUCAAUCAUCUUAAAAGCUUGUGCGGCCCUUGUGACUGAACUGCAUGCUUCAGCAGUUCAUUCACAAGUAAUUAAAUAUGGUUUUGCGGGUGACACAGUGCUGCAAAAUGCUUUGAUCCACGCCUAUUCUAGGUGCGGCUCCAUUAUUAUGUCCGCGCAGGUGUUUGAUGAAAUGGAGUCACGAGAUGUUGUAUCUUGGAACUCAAUACUCAAGGCCUAUGCUUUACAUGGCCAAGCUAAUGAGGCUUUGCUGCUAUUUUCACGAAUGAAUGUCAAGCCUGAUCCCACCACCUUUGUUUCCCUUCUUUCAGCUUGCAGCCAUUCUGGAAUGGUGGAAGAAGCAAUCAAAAUCUUUGACUCAAUGUUCGAGAAUUAUGGAGUUUUACCCCAACUAGACCACUAUGCUUGUUUGGUUGAUGCUUUGGGCCGAGCUGGGCGUGUUCCCGAGGCUGAAAAACUUAUAAAGAAAAUGCCAAUGGAAGCAGAUUCUGUCAUUUGGAGUGCACUGCUUGGUUCAUGUAGGAAGUAUGGAGAGACACAGUUAGCCAAGUUAGCUGCAGACAAGCUGAAGGAGUUGGAACCCGACAAUUCAUUAAGUUAUGUGCAAAUGUCAAACAUAUAUUGCUUAGGUGGUAAUUUCGACAAAGCAGGGCAGGCGAGAAAAGAAAUGAAGGGAUCUAGAGUGAAAAAGGAACCUGGUUUAAGCUGGAUUGAGAUUGGUAAUCAUGUUCAUGAGUUCGCCUCGGGAGGAAGACAUCAUUCACAAAAAGAAGCUAUCUACACCAAGCUUGAAAAACUAAUUGGACAGUUAAAGGAAAUGGGUUAUGUACCAGAAACAAACUUGGCUUUGCAUGACAUAGAGGAGGAACACAAGGAAGAACAAUUAUUCUAUCACAGUGAGAAGCUGGCUUUGGCAUUUGCCAUAAUGAAUGAAGGCAGUUUGCGUUGCAAUAAGGGUUUAAUACGAAUAAUGAAGAAUAUUCGAAUCUGUGUUGACUGCCAUAACUUCAUGAAGUUAGCAUCAGAUCUUCUUGGAAAGGAAAUUGUGGUGAGAGACUCGAAUCGCUUUCACCAUUUUAAAGAUAGGCUAUGUUCUUGCAAUGAUUAUUGGUAACAAACUAGCAGAAAAGACAGCAAUCGGGUUCACCUGUUCUCUUCAGCAGUGUUUGUCAUCCCCACAGUAAUUGCAUGAAAGCAAUAAGUGAACCAAGCUUGAGUAGCAUUCUGAUGGAGUAGCACAUCAUUGUUAGUGAAAGUUCCAUGCAAAAUUCACUUGCCUCUGAGCCCUGGGUCAGGAUGCUGGAUUCAUUGCUUUCUGAUGCAAGGAAACAUGAUGAUCAAAGAUUAUCUGUUUCAUGAUCAGUUUCGGAUUGAAAUUAUGUCUAAACCCUCUUCUUGCUCAAGCAUUAAAUUUGGAAAAUUGAUUUAUUUGAAGGAGUGAAUAUGCUUUGGUUAAAAGUGGCCUGAAAGCCUGAAACUGAGAACUAGCGAACUUCCUGGAAGCAAGAAGUUCUUGAGAGAACUGAUUCAAACAGGAAAAUGGGUCAGAUUCUACUGAUGAGAACCUGAUGAUCAGAUUCUAAUAGCUGAAAUUGCUGGAGGCAUGAUGUUGUGGGUGAAUCAUACUAGCACCCUCUUUAACUUGUUUGAAUCCGUAGGAGUUGAAGCUAAGUUUCAUUGGGCUUUGAUUCGAGGCUGAUUAAUAAAAACACUUCUCUAAGAUUCUCUUUCUUUAUUUGAAAAACAGUUCUAAAUGGUGAAAAUAUU